AUGAGUCCCGCACGCCCAACACGUCUGCCAGACGCCAUCAAUCCCCAGCAUGCGUCCGCCAUUCCGACAACCACGCGACGCGAUGUCGUGCCGAACUCCCAGGAGUCGUUCGUCUCUGUUGCCUCGAGCGGCUUUGCUGCUGGCCCACGGUUACUGUCGUCCUGGAGCAAUAUCUCAAACUCCACCAGCGCCGAAACCGAACUCACCUCUCCAACAUCUUCAAACGCGCCCUCCAGUCAGUCCCAGGGAUUCGAUUCCAGCCAGUCCGUGGCCGCCUCGCCGCCUCGACCGCGUGCGCAGCAGCAGUCACGUCCGAUCGCCCCGCCACUAAAUACCGAUUUGCGCGAGAACAGCACUGGGAGUGGCAGUGCGACAGCGACAAGCCCAAUGUCCAUCGAUACUCCUUUCUUGGCACCAGCGUCGAAGAGAACCGCCAGUGGAACAGUCAAGUCGGCCGGAUCGAGCAGCACCGUGGAGAGUCCCAUGCGCGCUCCAGUGCGCGGCGGGCACUCGAGAAAUACAAGCACUGAUUCCAAUGUGAGCAGGAUUGGCGAAUUAUCCGCCCAACUCAAGACUCGUUUGUCUUAUGCCAUGGUGAAGGUGCAGAAUGGAUGGGAGAAACGUACGAUUGAUGAGCUCGAGGAACUUCCUUCGCAACGAGGCUCACCUAUUGGGCUAUCGGGAAGGCGAUCACUUGAUUCCCCUAGGUUUGCAGAGCGUCGUCGAAGACCGAGCGGUGUUUCCGAGACGUUAGAUCAGUACAUGGCCUCGCCUAGCCAGGCUAGUCCUAAUGGAAUCUCACGAUCCCUCAACGGGACGCCACCUUCUAGUUGGCGGCCGGGAUCUUCCCAACCUCUUCCACAAACACGUCUAAUGUAUACGGAGGGGAACGCUUCUAACGCACCCGCCUUAGCACCAGCAGCAGACAUUGUUUCUCGCCGUAAUCGUCGUUCUAAUUCUACUCAUGUGCCACCAAUGCUCUCUACCCAGCGGAAAUACUACAGCGAUGUUGGUGCGCCAAGCACCCCGACCACGAUCCCUCGAGCAGGGAUCCUCCGUAUGCCUAGUCAACAGGCCGAAAAAGACGCGGUGGACACCCUACUCUUCAUGAGCAGUCCGAACAACUCCAAUCGCCUUGCUCACACAAGUGCUGACGCGCAGCCGAGUCCUCUCAGGAGUGAAUUCUCGGCCGCGAAACGUGUCGUUUUCGAGAAUCGCAAUGGGAGCAGCAGCAGCGAGCCGGACGACGUGAGGGCUAUGGCCAACGGAUCUCACGACGCGAUCCAAAAGAUGCGAUUCGACGCGGGCUACUCUCACAGCUCGCAUUUAGGGGAGAGCGAUGAUGAGAUACCAUUACAGGCACCGAAUAAGCGGUAA